CAGAGCAAUCACCGACAGACCACCACGCGCCCUCCUGACAGACACACCUCACUCGGACCGCAGGAGGCACAAGUCCAGCCGCAAGCACGACGGUGCCGGCGCCGCCCGCGACGAGCACAAUGGCAGGAAUCAUCGACCCGCUCGACCACCUCGACGCCUCUCUGCAAGACUUCGAGCCCUCGCCUGGCAGCCCGCCGCCGGCCUUCGGCUACCCGUCGGCCCACUCUGGCUUCCGCAGCGACGAGACAGCGAGCGAUCCGAACGACUCGGAGGGGGCGGGGGAGGGGGAGCUAGAGGAGGAGGAGGACGCCUCGGCCGGUGGCUACAGUCCGCCGGCCUGGCGGCGCCUCGGAAACGGUGAUCGCAGCAGCGGCUUCUGGCGAAAGGGCAGGAACGUCAACGGCGGGGGCGGCCGCGGCGUGGGCGGCAAUGGCUGCGGUUUCGGGGGUUUCGACCUCGGCGGCCACCUCUCGCGCGAGUCGUCGCCGAGCUGCGAUAGCGACGGAGAAGUCGACGAGAUCCUGGAGCAGGCUAUUAGGACCAGAUUGCCCACGGGUUCGGUGUCUCCGGAGAAGGAGAGGAGUCCCGAACCCGAGCACGUCGGGCUGCGGGGAGGCGCGGCGAGGAUCAAGAGUGAGGAGGAGGACAUGAAGGCGACUCUGACGGGUCCGAAGGAGGUGUCAGAAAACUAUAUCCGCUUCGCAGUAAGGGCAGAGGUCCAACAACGCACGGAGCCCAUCGAGACUGCGAUUGACUUUGUACGCGGCACAUUGGGCAAAUUGACGAGGUCCUGGACGUCCAUGGCCCUCUCAACCCUGGUGGGAAUCCUGGCGUACUCAGUAAUGUGCUCAUUGUUCGGGCCCGCGUCCUUGCGACCCGUGCCCGAUCUAGUCAAGGUUGCCAGCAUCGCGAGGUCAUUCGAACCCCUUAUCCACUACUCCGAGAACGGCGUCCAGCAGGUCGGCGACUUGCAGGCCACGGGGGUCGCAGUGUGGGAUCUCGGCGAGAGCGUCCGGACGAGCAACAUGACCUCGGCCCCGAUUAUCGUCAAGGAGCUGGACGAGCUGAGCGAUAGCCUUAAGACUCUUGCCAUAGAGUUAACCAAGUUCUUCGCCAACGUUGACGGGGACAUUGACGGAAUCCUCAUCGUUAUGGAUUGGGCCCGCCGCGAACUUUCACAGCUCCAGCAAGUCCCACCCCCGCGGCUGUCGUCCGCCUUCGACAACAUCCACAACAUGCUCUCCGCGGCCGGCAUCCUAGAAGACGCCGCGACCGGGGAGCCGACCCGCGUGGGCGCCGUCGCCACGUCGCUGUUCGGCAUGUCUAACCCGCAGCGGUCCCGGCAGACGCUGCAGCGGACGUUCAACGAGUUCCUCGCGGUCCUGGAGGAGGCCAUCGAGUCGGAGCUGCAGCACAGCCUGGCCAUCUUCGGGCUCUUCGAGGCCAUCGACCGGCAGUUCCUCAACCUGGCGCGCGCCGUGGUGCGCGAGUCGAGCGCUCAGGACGACAAGCACGCCGACCUGCUCUCGUCGCUGUGGACGCGCAUCCUGGGCCCCAAGGCGAGCGAGGUCAAGAAGUACGAGCGCAACCGGCAGCUGCUGCAGAACGUGCGCGAGAAGACGGUGCGCAACAAGGGGAUCCUGGUCGAGCACAACCACCGCCUGCUGGCGCUCAAGGCGAACCUCGAGAACCUCCGCCGCAAGCUCGUCAGCCCGCUCGUCCGCUCCGUCAACAGCAGCACCCUCACCGUCGAGGAGCAGAUCCGCGGCCUCGAGGAUGCCGGCAUCUACCUCGAGGCCGUCCGCACCCGCCAGAAGGGCAGGCUGAUGGAGAUGCUGUACGGCAGUGCCAGGGGCGGGAGCGGCGGUGGUGCCGGCGACGCGAGGAGAUCUAUCGAUGAUGCCGGGGGUUCUGGGUACUGGCACGGGCACUGA